CAGAGGAUGUCGCAGCUGACAGCAUGGAAUCCAAGGAGACCAGCUGCAUCAUGAAGCAGACCCAAUACUAUUUUAGCACAGUUGACUACACCUACAACACCAUCAUUGACUGUGGAAAUUGCUCCAGGCUAUUCCAUGCACAAAGGCUUGCUCGCACCAACCUUCUGUUUGUUGUAGCAGAAAAGCCAAUAUGCAGCCAGUGUGAGUCCACCAAGCUUCUCCAAGCGGAGAUAAAGGCUCCACCGGGAGAUCCCAAUCAGUGUGAACUAGUAGACAAGCCACGGUAUCGAAAAGGUCCCCACAUCUGUUUUGACUACAAUGCAACGGAAGAUACCUCAGACUGUGGAAGAGGGGCCUCCUUUAGACCUUCUUUGAGUAUCUUGUUAUCUCUGCAGCUCCUCCUCCUCUAUUUGACUGCCAGUCGCCAUCCGCUGCCCUUGGUGUCUUGCCUUUGAAAUAUCCAUUUAGUCUAGCCCAUUCAUUUUUGCUUUGUGCACCAUCUCCAUUCCCUCCAGACUUGCCAGAAGAGGGCAGCUGCCUAGUCCCAUCAACUCUGGUUACACCUUGGCACUCACUCAUGAGGACCUUCUCUUUCGUCAUUCAGAAGUCCAGAAGCUAUUCUCAUUGUUUUGUUUCUUGUUUCCUGUCAUCCUCUCCUUGCCCUUCCAGUGUCUCUGCACAGCAGGUUGUGCAGGUUGAGCUCUGAGCAAGACUUUGGGAAGCACGAACCAUUGCGACUUUCUCCACACAGUGAACAUCCUUGAGCUUUGAUUCAUUGCUCCCCUUUCCACCCAUUGAGCUGUGGCCAAAUAACAAAGAACAGUGGCCUCGUAAGUUUUUCCCCCCCCAUUGAAUCCAUGGAAUUCUGGGAAGACCUUUGCCAGUUUUCAUCAGGAUAUGUCUUGACAUUUUAUUGUCUUAAAAGUAUUUAAUCAACAAUGCUGACAAAUUGCUAUUCUGUUUGAAACAAUUUACUUUCCCAUCCCAAUCAUGCAAACAGCAGCAACGACAAAAUUAUUCAAUAGAACAGGAAAAACAAUGGUAUAUUCUUGCCAAAUUGGUUCUAUAGUCUAGUUUAACUUUUCAGCCAAUUUAAAUGGCUUAUUAAACUCAAAAGUAAUCCUAGGAUGUCACCACGGCAUCUCCAUCCCACCCAGCCCGCUCUGUGUUUUCAAAGGCCAUUGCUGCUGAAUCUUUCAUUAGUUAGAUCCCAUCUCAAAUCAAUUUUUAAAUUAUUAUUUUUAGCCUGAGGAUUUUAAUCUAGAUCUUUUUACAUCUAAUUUCCAAGCAUUUUAUCCUGACAAAUUAUAGUAUUUGUUGUCAGCAACAAAGACACAGAAGAGAAAAAAGAAAAAGAAAUUGACUUGAA